GGCAGUCACUUAACAGAAAUGUGCCCAGUCCAGAAAAGCUAAUAAUAUCAUCAUCUGACGACAGUUCAGGUAGUGCCGGAAAAAAAUUCAAGAAUAAUGUUAUAGAGCCGAGUGAUAAUGUCUCCCGUAAAGCAUGGACUGAUGGUAAUAACAGGGAGACCCCACGAAUACAUUCCUCAAGACCUGCUUCUGGUGUACCAAGAACUGUUUCUAGUAUGGGUAGUGUAAGCUCUAUUAUAACAGUGGAGGAAGCCAGACCUGAAUCACGAUUAGAUCGCACAUCUAUGAUAAUAGACCCAGAUACACGGAGUCUAGUAUCUAGAUCCAGUAGAACUCAAUUACAGCCACCAGAGUUAGAUUCACAGAAUGCCUAUGUACCUUACCUGUAUGCAAGAGACUGCCUAGCUAAGGUAAUGGAUGAUAUGAAGAGAAUGAAAAUCAGCCAUGUGAAAAUAGUUCACCAAAUAGAGGAAAAUUAUAAGAGUAUUGAGGACGAAACACAGGGUCAAUUCAACGCUUUUGUUAUCAGUCUGAGACUACAUUUCUCAACGAAAGUUAAUACAUUCAAGCAAGUGAUAGAAAUCCACAGGGAAGAAUUCAAAAGGCAUCAAGGUUAUUGGGAUGAAACCUUAGCUAGUUUAAGUGCCAGAAAUAAGCAGCUACUGAAGGACAAGAAGAGACUUCUCAUUAUCAAUAAAGUAGAAAUUGAAAGACUGGAAAAAGAGAAGGAGCAAACAAUUACAGAAUUAACUCACCAAAUUGACAAGGAGCAUGGACAGUACACGCUAGCUACUAAAGACUAUGAAAACUUGAAGAAAAAAUAUGAAUGUGAAAUAGAAGAAAAGAAGGCACUGGAUGAUGAGUUGGAAAAGAUGAAGAUGGAAAUUGAAAGACUGGAACUCGUGUUACAAUCCCAACCUGAUAGAUCAGCUAGCGGUGACAGUGCUGUUGUUGGCACCGCUGUCACUGGCAUGGCGACAUCUACCACAGUUGUGAAAUCACUUGAUAAUGAAGAAAGAAGAAAAUAUGAAUUAGAAAUCAAGUCUUCCAUGAAGGAACUGGCUUUGAUGAAAGCAAAAUAUGAUGCACUGAUGUUACAAUUUAACUUGGUGGCUGAUUCUGUCUCUACUGAUAAAGAGAAAACACAGGAAACUAUUGUGGUGGUAUCUAGUGAGAAAGAUGAACUGCAAGAGGAGAGGGAAAAGUUAAAGCAGGAAAUCAAGGAAUGGGAAGAGAAAUUCAAGAAAGAGAAGGGACGAGAGCCAUCCGAGAAAGACAAAAGUAGAGCUGUAAAGAAACUAGAUGAAAAAAGUGAGAAAGUGGAAAAGAAAAUAUCUCAGUUGGAUGUGAAGAUUGAGACACUAAAUGCUUUGAAAGAAGGUAAAGUUCCAGAACCAACAGUUGUCAAAGUGCCUGAACCUGUCGUCAAAACUAUAAAGGUUAAAGUCCCAGAUCCAGAGUUAGUUGCAGCAUUGGCUGCCUCAGAGAAACGCAACACUGAACUACAACAAAAGAUCCAAGAACUGGAAAACUCACUUAAAGACAAAGAUAAAAAUAUAAAAGUUCUUCAGAAGGAUAAAAAGAAACUAGUUAAGACUAAAUCGGUGCAGAAUUUACCUGUGAAGAGCUGGAAAGAUGAUAAGAAUUCAAGAGUUCUGUUGGAAGCUGUUAUUAACCAGGUUCAUGAUAUUCAUGGUGAAGUGAAAAAAGCUUCUAAGAAAACGUCAACAAGACUUGAAUCCACUGAAGCAGAGAAGGCGAGAUUGAUACAAAUAAGGGACCAAACCAAGCAGGAUAUUGAUGCUUGGGUUGACAAGUAUGUUGGUGAGAACGGUGCAGAACCUACAGAGUCAGACAGAACUGCUGCGGCUCAGGAUCUAUAUUCUAAAUUCGAUGAAUACAAUGCUCAAUGUCUGAAUAAUGAAACUGACAUUGUAGCCUUGACAAUGAUGAAAACUGGUGAGAUCCCUGCUGAAUUUGGUUCCCUUGCUGCUGCUACUGUGCUAGUGAAAGGUAUUGGUGCAAAUGCUGAACUAAUGAAAGAACUUGAGGAUAAGAUACAACAACUAGAAGAAGAGAACAAUUCUUUGAAUCAGAAGAAUUACCAACUAGAAGAUAGAUCUAGUGAUUUAGAAGACAAAAUUGAAGAGCUGGAGAGUGAAUUAGAGAUUUCAAAAAGCCAGGUUGGUGUCGGUGUUGGUGUGAGCGUGGCUGCUGCAAGUGUUGAGGUUGGUGGCGCUACUUUGGAUGAAGACAUUGAGGGAUUUGGAGAACAGCUGGCUGCUCUUCAAAGAAAAGUGGAUGAGUCUGAGGCUCAGUUGAGAGAAGAGAAAGCAGCACAUGGUAAAACGAAACAAGAACUUGAAGAUUUGAAGAAUGAACUUGAAAGAUCUCAGGAUGAUAGAUCAGACCAGUCAUCAGAGUUGGAAGCUAAAUUCCUUGCCAAGGAAAAAGCUUUGAAAGCAGAACUCAAAGCUAAAGAUGAGGAUUUAACUGAAUCCAAACAGAGAGUUGAUGAGUUGGAAAAUGAAAAAUUGAAAAAACUUCCAGUUGAUUCUGCCAAGGAGAUUAAGAAAUUACAAGAAAAACUGAAAAAGGCAGAAGCUGACAAGAAAGCAAGUGAUAAAAUAGCCCGAAAUAAGACAGCUGAAUGUGAUGAAAGCAAACAGAAAGUCACUAACCUCAGCCAAUCACUGGCAAAGGAAAGAGAAAUCAACAGAGGUCACCAGGACAAACUAAAAGUGAAGAUGUCUGAGAAAGAUAAAGAGAUGAAGGAAAUGGCGUGGCAGAUGGACAAGAAACAAACAGAAAGAGCUGCUGAAGAGAAAAAGAAAAUGCAAAUAUUAGAGAAGAAGUUGAAAGAAUUUCAGAUUAUUGCGGCUGCUGGCGGUAAAGAAGGAAAGCGCAAUGAAGUGAAAGUCAAGAAAUUACAAGAACAGAUGGCAACAAUGAAGAAACAAUCAAAAGAAGAUCAGGAGAAAAUUAGAACUAUGGAGAGAGAAGCAAAAGAAGCUAGAGUAGUUGCAGCCCAAGAUAAAAGUGGUAAGGCUGCUGAGAAACAAAUCAAAGAAUUGGAUAAGAAACUGGAGAUGGAAAAGAAGAAAUUUGAACGAGAACAAACAAAAGCAAAAAAACUAGACGAGGAGCUGACCACUACGAAGAAAGAUCUUUCAACAUCCCAAGACAAGACCCGGAAACUGACUGCCGAGCUAGCCAUGCUGGGUGUUGCUGCAAAAGAAGGCAUAGCUGCUGCAGAAAAGGUUGCCGCUUUGGAGCGUGAUGUUAAGAAAUUGACAGCUGAAAACAUAACAUUGGCAGAUAAUUGGAAUAGUGAACGAGUACUGAGAAAGAAAUACUACAAUAUGGUGGAAGACAUGAAAGGUAAAAUCCGUGUUUAUUGCCGAGCAAGGCCAUUGAGUAAUGAUGAAUUAGCUAGGGGUAAUGUAUCAAUUAUAAAGUCACCUGAUGAGUAUUCCAUUGAAGUAACUAGUAGUCGUGGUACCAAGGAAUUCCAGUAUGAUCAAGUGUUCACUGCUGAUGCAACACAAGAAAAAAUAUUUGAAGACACCAAUAAUCUGAUCCAGUCUGCGGUUGAUGGAUACAAUGUAUGUAUAUUUGCAUAUGGACAGACUGGUUCCGGUAAGACCUUCACAAUGAUUGGUGACUCUGAUCACAAAUAUCCUGGAAUAGCACCAAGAGCAUUCACACAAAUAUUCAAUCUUCUAGAGCAAAACAAGAAGAAGUUUUCAUACAAAGUGACUACUUACAUGUUGGAAUUGUACAAUGAUAAACUAAUUGAUCUCUAUCAACCAGCAAACCAAGAGCAAAAGAAGUUAGAAAUCAAGAAGGAUAAGAAGGGUAUGGUGUUUGUACAAGACUCGGUGUCUCAGGUUGCCAUCAAUGCCAAGGAAUUGUUUGGUUUAUUUGAAGAAGGGUCGCACAAUAGACAUAUUGCCUCUACGAAAAUGAAUUCUGAGAGCUCCCGAUCUCAUUUAAUAUUGGGAAUACUUAUUGAGACAACAAACAGGACUACCGGCACAGUAACCCAAGGCAAACUAAGCCUAGUAGAUUUGGCCGGAAGUGAACGUAUUUCUAAAACCAAUGCUCAAGCUGAACAACUCAAGGAAGCACAGUCUAUAAAUAAAUCAUUGAGUGCACUCGGUGAUGUCAUAUCAGCGUUAUCAAGUGGGCAGUCCUUCAUACCUUAUCGUAACAAUAAACUAACUCUCUUGAUGCAAGACUCGUUGGGUGGUAACGCCAAGACUCUUAUGUUUGUCAACAUAUCCCCAGCUGAUUACAAUGCUGAUGAGAGUGUCAUAUCAUUGACGUAUGCUUCCCGUGUGAAAUUAAUCACGAACGAAGCAUCUAAGAAUGCAGACAAUAAAGAGAUUGCCAGACUCAAGGAUAUCAUUGUCAAGUUAAAACAUGGUGAACGAAUUGAAGAAGAAGAAAUUGCAUAGUAAUAUUUUGAGAAUUACAAGAAAGAUUUAACAUCUCAAGUGAUUGAUGCUAGUCAGAGUCUUCUAUAGUUCUGUAUACCACUGUUGUCAUAUAUUUCAUAAAUAAGUGUAAUUAUUUUGGUC